AAUGUCCAAGGAGCUUCUCCUUCUCUGGCUGGUGACAGAGCUCUGGUGGCUUUAUCUGCCACCAACUGCCUCGGAGGAUACAGUAAUAGGGUUUUUGGGCCAGUCGGUGACUUUGCCUUGUCAGCACUCAUCCUGGUCCAGGAGACGCAACAGCAUGUGCUGGGGCAAAGGUGCAUGUUCCAUUUCCAAGUGCAACCAGGAGCUUCUCCACACAGAUGGAACAAAAGUCAUCUCCACGAAGUCUAUAAAAUACACACUUCAGGGGAGAAUCUGGCGGGGCAAUGUGUCCUUGACCAUCUCAAACACCAAUCAAGAGGACAGUGGGGUGUACUGCUGCCAUAUAAAGGUGCCUGGCUGGUUCAAUGAUGUCAAGAAGUCCGUGCGCCUGGAGCUGAGGAGAGCUUCGUAGUAUUCCCUGCCUCUAAGAUGGAGCUUUGCAAAACAUAGCAGUGGUGGGGUCCCAAGCUGAAGACAUGGCUACAUAAUUGAAGACAAUCGUUAUCCUACUGAAUGAGUCCCAGCAGCCCUCUGAGGGGCUUCUUCCUGAGACUGGAAAGACAACAACCAGAUUGGACAGUGCAAACACCCUUUACAGCUCCAGGGCUAUUUUCUGUGUCGGUUCAUCCAGCAGUGGUGGAGAGGGUGACCCUCAGCUGUUUGUACUCAAACUCACUGUUAACAUUAUCAUAAUUCUUAUGUUCACACUGCCUCAGUCUCUCCACACACUACAGCGCAUUCUCCCAAACAUGAACAUUAUAAAAUGUUAUAUUUCCUUUGUUCAACAUAAUCAUCAGUAGUAUAGGAAAUAGACUGCUGCCUUGGUUAUUAAAACCAUUAACAGAGAAAUAGGAUUAAAAAGUUUAAAAAAAAGUGAGCACAGGUGGGAUGGCAUCCUGAAUUUAGAAGCAUUUUAUGAUCAUGAUUUAUCUGUUUUAUUGUAAUUUGAAAUGUCAUUUCCCCUCCCCAAGGGGUAAAAUCAUGGGAACAGGCAGGCUUUAAUUUCUCUAAUAGAUAAAUAGAAGGAAUUCUAACGUCACCAUUAGAGUUGGUUAUACUUUCUCAUAGCUCUGGAAAUAU